AUGUUCCUCUCCUCUCGAGAUCUAGUCCCCGACAGCCCGAGAUACUUGCCGGAGCAAUGGUCGCCGCAUGUGCACCCCGAAGGCCAAAUAUACUUUUCCCGCUCUAUUACUCUCCGCGUUGUAACAGAUUCGUGCAUGUACACGCCAUCAAUCGCGGAAAAAGUCACGUAUUGGGUUUCAAACAUCGAAAAACGCGCUGCCGAUCGGGGAUUUGUUUUAUCCGACAGCGUUGAACUCUAUAUCCAGAUCGAUGAUGAGGAUCGCAACUAUUACUUGGCUGACCAGGCGACGCACAGCAUUUUCUGGUUGGACGAGUAUGAAAUUUCAGAAAUGGGCUUGCUCCCCUUGGUUUUACAAGAACACUACUGGAGUUACGUUAAGAAUCACCCAAUGCAUUUCGGUGGACUCGACGUCACUUCAAACUACAGCCAUAAAGACGACAAUCCCGAAAGCUCAUAUCCGGGACAAAGCCAAAACGUGAACACUCCCGCAGAUCCAUGCAACACAAAGGCACAAAUGUUCCAGGGGGCCAGUGGUCUUUCAAUACGUGACUCGGAAUUCUACAAUACUGCAGGCAAUCUCAUAAAAAUUUCUUAUAAUGUCUAUCCCCAGCCAGGCUCGGAACAUGAGCAGCUAUCACUCAAGGAUCACCUCUCCCGCGCGAUUUCGGGACUGAAAUCGGAACUGAAAUCGGAGAUAUUCCACGCCAUAGCGACAGUGAAAAAAUUACUACCAUGUCCAUUUUCAACCAUGGCCGACAUACCCCUGGAAGAAAAGGUUGCCAACGACGCCCUCAAAUACCCACCGCUUUUGGGUGCCCAAGUUCUUAUGAGUAAAACGUCGUUGUAUAUACCAGGAGUCAUGAAUCAGUUGCUUUCAAGUGUCCGAUACUCCUUCUACUGAAUGUGUCUGGAUGGGGAUUAGCCUAGAAUUUCGGUUAUAUUGGUGGCCAGAUAACUCCUGGCGGUCAUGGACCCAAAAGGCUAUCGGAUAUUCCUCGUCUUGCCUUUCAAAUAACUCUGAAAUCACACAAAAAAGGAGGGGAACGGGAAUGCGCCAAACCAAACCAAAAAAUGCAAUAAACCUAAAAAGAACAAAAUCGAUAAAACACAAAAAAUGUGAUUCGCGAUCGCGGGCAUAGGAAGAUGGUCCAUCUUGUGUUUUUUUGACAAGGGCUCGGGUAGGAGCCUUCAAUGACAUAUCAAGGCUCGCGCUAGCAUCGCACCUGCCGGUUGCGGAUGUUGGUGAGGGCAUGUAGAUUGUCUGUCAUUUAGUGCGGGAGGUACUGGCUUUCGUGCGGGUCAAGUGGGUACGGGAUGAAUAUUGAUAUUGAUUCUAGGUU